CGUCUGCUCUGCUUGUCCCCACAGCCUUGAGUAGUGCUUGGCUGUGCCCUCCUGAGUGCUGCCUUGGAGAGUGGCAAUGAUCACGUUCAUGAACAAUUCGGACAGCGAGGAGGAGCCCUGCAAUGAGAGAACAUCCCUGAUGUCUGCAGAGAGCCCUCCAGUACCUUCCUACCAGGAUGGCCUGCAAGCCUCAGCAGCAGGGGAAGCACAGGCACACAGGAAGAGGCGAGGAGGCAGCAGCCGAGGCCCGAACCAUAUUGCUGGUGGAGAAAUGUCUGGCUCGGGUGUUCCAGUGAGAGAAAGCGCCCUGGAAAAUGAAGAGGAGGAACUGACUCUGAAAUAUGGAGCAAAGCAUGUAAUCAUGCUCUUUGUGCCUGUCACCCUUUGUAUGAUUGUUGUCGUCGCCACCAUAAAGUCAGUGCGCUUCUAUACGGAGAAAAACGGGCAGCUGAUCUACACCCCUUUCAGUGAGGACACCCCAUCUGUGGGCCAGCGUCUCUUGAACUCGGUGUUGAACACCAUCGUAAUGAUCAGUGUCAUCAUUGUCAUGACCGUGUUCCUAGUGCUGCUCUAUAAAUAUCGCUGCUACAAGUUCAUCCAUGGCUGGCUGAUCCUAUCCUCUUUGAUGCUGCUCUUCCUCUUUACCUACAUAUACCUCGGUGAAGUAUUGAAGACGUACAACGUGGCCAUGGAUUAUCCCACUCUGUUCAUAGUCAUCUGGAAUUUUGGAGCUGUUGGAAUGAUUUGCAUCCACUGGAAAGGUCCCUUGCAGCUCCAGCAAGCUUAUCUCAUUAUGAUCAGUGCUCUAAUGGCAUUGGUGUUCAUUAAAUAUCUACCUGAGUGGUCAGCAUGGGUGAUUCUAGGUGCAAUCUCCAUCUAUGAUCUGAUGGCUGUUCUCUGUCCCAAGGGGCCACUGAGAAUGCUGGUAGAAACUGCACAGGAGAGAAAUGAGCCCAUUUUCCCUGCAUUAAUAUAUUCAUCUGCUAUGAUGUGGACAGUUGGAAUGGCAAAGCCGGACACAGCAGCAAGAGGACCAAAUCAGCAGACAUGGAAUGCAGCUGAGGAUGGGAGAGAACACCUCAGGAGCCCUUCACAUGCAGAGUCUCAGAUGUCAGAGACGAGGAGUCCUGUUCCAACCCACCCCAUCACUUCGUUAGAGGAGCUCGAGGAGGAGGAAAGGGGUGUGAAGCUGGGCCUUGGAGACUUCAUAUUUUACAGUGUGCUUGUUGGGAAAGCAGCUGCCACAGCUAGUGGAGACUGGAAUACCACACUGGCCUGCUUUGUAGCCAUUCUCAUAGGUUUAUGCCUAACACUUUUACUACUGGCUGUUUUUAAGAAAGCACUGCCUGCUCUUCCCAUCUCCAUCACCUUUGGCUUGAUCUUCUACUUCUCAACAGACAACCUUGUGCGACCUUUCAUGGACACCCUGGCCUCCCACCAGCUGUAUAUUUAGAAGAAGUGGGAGUUAGAGGAUUCUUUUUCAAGCUUUGUUGUGAAGUAUGGUACAAUGUUUGGAAUAGGUCAUAAAGUUUUUACACUUAGUGCCAUAUAUUUGUAAGGAAAACACUAAUUCCGUGAUAUGCUGUGUACUAAAAAUCUAAUAGUUACAUGUUGAACUGAGAUUUUCCACAGGACUCUUAUUGAAAAGCCUGGCUCCUUGCUCAUAUCAGAGUGUUACUUUUAUUUUAUUUGAUGUGCACAGUGGCUGUUAUGAGCACAGAAACCUGUAUGUAGCGUGGAACACUGGAGAGGUGAGCGGUCUGAUCUUCCAGGAGCUAAGUAAGGUGUUUUAGCCCUGGAUCUGCAGUCAUCUUUAACCAUACUGUAGAAUUUCAAAAGUUUUCACACGUUUGAGUGUUGUACAAACACGAGGUGCAAGUGAUUGGAAAAGCACAGCUGGCAGUGUGCACAGAGCAACGUGUGAGCCAUUAGACAAGUGAGGUUGAACUUCCCGUGUUGGCUGCUGUGCACACAGCAUCUGUUGGAAUUGCCCCAAAGGCCCAUUUAUUCUGACCUUAGUUAGACACAGUGAGCCAAGAGGGAUCAAGACAGGAUGUCAGAGGUGGGAUGUCUGAACAUCAGGCUCCUGCCUCUGACACACCCACCACUGCAGCAAGCAGCUGAAGGCAGGACUGCCCCUUCCAGUGCAUCAGAUCCUCAGCGUGCGGAAACAGAUACUGCUCUCUCCUCCCAGUGUUUUGUUUUUUAGGAAGUAUUUUUCUGGGUCCAUACUACAAUCCUGAAAUGACCCUAAGGUGGAAAUGACUGAACAACUCCAGUAAAUCAGACCUGUAACUUAC